AUGUUGGGCGAAUAUGGUAUAACGGAGGAAGACAUGGUUAUCGAGGAAGCUCAGGGAUACCCGAGAGCUUACGCAAAGAUCUGUCGCGAUAUUGAUUCUUCUCCGUUCAGAAAUGGCCCUCCUUUUACCUUCAUGCCAUACAUUCUUCAGCAGAAUGAGAGCUUGAGAUGCAGAGAAGUAGAUCAGAUGUUCCCUGUAAUAGAUCCGAAAGCGAGACAAACAACGAAGCCGAAGAUCUUCCUCAGUCUCCUGUGGAAACAACUUAAUCAUCUAGGUAAUGCCGGGUUUGAUCCGGCUGUUAUUCGGAUAGAUCCAUAUGGGAAUGUUCUUUACUUCCAUGCUGAUUCAGCUUCUCCUCUUGCUUGGGGCUUUGAUCAUUGGUUCCCUUGCUCAAGAGGAGGUUUAACAGUACCAAGCAACCUAAGGUUAGUGCAAUGGCAGGCACGCAAGAACAAGAAGGACAAACUUGAGUUCCUAGUACCAUGGUGGGAUCUUCAAGUUGGGAUUUCAGUGAAUCAAUUCUUGUCUAUUUUUGCUGCUUCAAGCUCUGAUUUCAGGAGGAGAGCGUUUUCAUUCUUGUUCAAAGAAGGCGAAAGCGAGGAACUUAACGGUUCACAAAUGGUUGAAUCACACCAUUUCCCACAGCAUUUCGUCGAAUCAAAAGAAAAAUAUGGCCUUGCAUCUGCUGCAGUUGUUGUUUCUAGAAGAGAUCCUUAUGAUCCUUCACUAGUCUUGAGAUCACUCGAUUACAAUCGCCAAACACCUUCAAGGAAGAUGAGACUCGGUGCAACGAAAGAGAACGAGACUCCGGAUCUGAUGAAAAAUCCGUAUCAGGCCAUUGUUGCAGCUAGGGACUCACUGAGACACCGAGAGGAAGCGCAGAAUAUGAGAGUCGAGAUGAACAAGUUAGAUGAUGAAAUGAAUGAUUUGAAAAGAAAAAACAGCGAAGAGCAGGUUAGCAUCCAGGAGCUGGAGAGCGAGCUGAUUAAGAGAAGAAGAAGAGCUGAAAAGUGCAGGAGAUUGGCAGAAGCUCAAUGCUCGUAUAGGAAUACACUCGAGAAGAUGAUCCGUGACGCUAUGCACCAGAGUGUUGUGUAUAAGGAACAGGUGAGGCUAAACCAGGCUGCGAGUAGCGCACUUAUGGCGAGGUUAGAGGCGCAGAAGGCGAUUUGUGAUGGUUCAGAGAAAGAACUUCACAAGAAGUUUAAAGAAAGAGAGGAGCUGGAGAAUCAAGUGAGGCCUGAAAUGGAAAAAGCAAGGAAAAGAUCCAGAUUUUUGCUGAGUGAUGAAGGUGAUGACUUGUUGCUAGACGACAGAGACAGGAAGUUAUCUUUGUAUCUUCCUGGAACAAGUGAAGAUAUGUCGUUACACAAGGAGCUAAGAGUGUACCUUGAAGAAGAGCAUAAAGCAGCAGUUUCGGAGGCUGAAACUCAGAAACAUGGGGAAAUAGAGGAAGAGGAGCAGAAGAAUUCAGAGAAGUCUCUUGUUGCGUUAGAAGAUAGGAAGAAACCUGUUGAAGAAAAGCUAGAUGUAGAAGAAGGGAAGCGAGGCAGCAGCAGAAGCUUCAGAGCGUUUCCUGUUAUCAAGGAACCCGAGAGCGAGGAAGAUGAGGAGAGCAGGAGAGAGCGGGGGAAAGGAAAUGUUGAGAAAUGGCUUCACAUUCUGCUGGAGAACAACGGCAAAAGCAACCCCCAGGAUCUUCAAACCGAAAAAAGCAAGAAGAUUGAUGAAAUGAUUGAGAAGCUGGACCACAAGUUCCCUCUGCUUGAAAAGGUUGAGGAAGAAGAAGUGGUGGAGUUGCAACCGCAGGCUGAGGAUGCAAACAACAACAACACGAACAAGGUGGAAGCAAGAACUGAAAGCUCACGUAGAAGCAGAAUGAGUUUUGAUCUGAAGAACACACCAGAGAAGAGUGGCAGAGACAAAGUGGUGAAGAGAUCAGAAAGUGCUAGAGCUUUCAGAAGGAUUCCAUCAUCUCCAUCACUCCUCUUCGGGAUGAAAAAGGGAAUCGACAGCAUAAGGAAGAAGCCUGUGGUUUCAGGUCACGACGAUGAGAACGAGUAUCUCGUUAAGAACAACUUCAUCAAGUCAUCUCUCCAAACAAUCAAACGAGCUGUCAAAUUUUAG